AUAUAAAUAGAGUACCAGAAUGGGACAAAGUUUGAGAAGAAAGCAUGACAUCACUCAGACUUGCUCUCCACCCAAAAAGAUCUGGGAUGGAGGUGCAAACGUGAGCUGGACAAGCGAGGAGUUAGCAACUCUUUUCAGCUCAGUUUCUGAGGAAAUAGUGAGAGUUAUAUGCCCUAUGUGCUAUAAGGAAGUACAUUUUCUUGCUAGCAGAACUAAAACUGGCUUCAGAUCUCUGACAAUGUGAAAGUAAUUGAAAGGAAAAGACAACCAUAGGAAGAAGGUUGAAAACAAGAUCUUUUCUUUUUGGCACAGAUUGUAACAGAAAUACUUGACUUCUUUCCGUGGAACAGUACAACUUUCGGAUCUGAUGCACAUUUCUUUUAAUUUUCCUCCAAGCACGGUAAUUUAUUUAUAGUUAAAUGAAGAGAUCAAAGUGUGAAGCAAGCAAAUACUACUUAAAGGGUCUGGAAGGAUAUUUUGCCACCACUGAAGGAACAGACUUCUUGAACCUGCAUGGAAAAUGUCCCUUUUAAUGCAAAAAGUAGCAAAGGAAAACUUAUGAUUGAAAUCUUACAGGAAUUUGAUUUCAGUUGUACUUUUAACCUUAAAUAGACCAUGGAGAAUUUAUUAUCUCUGCUCUGUUGUCAUUAUUCUUUGCUGAUUUUAUUUCAGUACAAAUAUCAGGUGUAUGGAAACUAUUCCCAGCUACCCAAACACCCAGGGUUCAAAGUUCUCGCAUCAGCUUCCCAUUACUGGCCACUGGAAGAUGUGGAUGGAAUUCAUGAGUUUCGGGAUACGAAUGGAGCUCUAAGAAUCCACAACUUCACUGUGCUUCCUUCCCAUAACUCUACCUUUGUAUAUACCAAUGACUCUGCCUACUCUAACUUCUCUGCAACUGUAGAUAUCAUAGAAGGAAUGGUGAACAAAGGAAUUUACGUCACUGAAAAGAAAGGAGUUACCUUUCUCUUUUUUGGAAGCUAUCAAAAUUCAUGCAUUAGUAAUCCAGAAGUUUGUGGACCUGAAGGAGUAACAUUUUCCUUUUUCUGGAAGACUCAAGACCAGCAAGCUAAGUUUCUCCCUGCCUCCGGUGGACAAGUAAUUUCCAGUGGUUUCAAAAUCUGUUCAAAUGAAGGUGAAGGCUCAGUGGAAUUUUACACCCGUGGGAAUGCAAUGAUGAAAUGGAAAGCAAGCUUUAGUCCGCCAGGUCCUUAUUGGACUCAUAUUCUCUUUACUUGGAAAUCAAGAGAAGGACUGAAAGUCUAUGUCAAUGGAACUCUAAACACAACUGAUCCAGAUGGGAAAGUUUUCUAUGAUUAUGGAGACCCCAGUGCAAAUCUACUGACUGGGACACAGGGGGAUCAAACUAAGCGCUAUGUGAAUGGGGCAUUUGAUGAAUUCAUUAUAUGGGAAAGGGCACUCACCCCCAAUGAAAUUGAGCAGUACUUUACAGCUGCUAUUGGUGUGCAAGUCUGGCUUUCUUCAACACUUCCAUGGUCCGUGAUGACAACCACUACAAAACCUGUGCUCUCUACAAAUGCCUAUCGUCCCAUCAUAACUAAUCUGACCGAGGAAAGAGGGAACUUCCGCUCCCCCGACACCAUGCUGGACUACCUGGAGAAUGUGUCCUUCAGCUUGCCCAACAAAUCCUUGUCAGAAAACGUUGCUCUAAGCCUCACAGAGGCAUUUUUAAAAGCUAUUGAAGACUUUCUUUUAUUGCCCAACUGGGUUGAUGUACCAGAGACUGCUCACAUAUUUGGAAGCUUAAUUCAAACUAUUGACAGCGUGAUGGCUCACAUGGCGCGCAAUCUGGAUGAAAACUUGUUACCUCUAACUGUUGAGGGCACAUCAUCUGUGGCAGAUUACACCUUGGUCAAAAUGCAUCCUCAGACUCUGAAUUUGUCCCACUAUCGAUUUCCAUCUCAAGGACAGAGUUUUAUUUCCAUUCCCAGUGAAGCUUUUCAUGAAAAAGCUUGGAUUACCAUAGUUGGCCUGCUUUACCAUAACAUGCAUUAUUUCUUUCAUAAUAUCAACCCUUUGGAUACCAAGAUUGCUGAAGCUGCUGCCUACAAAGGUUAUAUGAUCUCAGCAACCAGUUAUCUUAUCUCUAUCAAAGUGGAACCUCUACCCAAGUUGUCCCACUAUCUGUCAGGAUCUCCUCUUAUUACCAUCCAGCUCACCCACAAAUUGACUCCCAGACAAUACAGCCAAGCACUAAAUAAGAGUAACAGAGUUCAUCUUUACUGUGCAUUUCUGGACUAUAGCAAUGGAACUGGUGUUUGGUCUAAUGAAGGUUGUGUGCGUGAGAGUGGGGACCUCAACUACUCAGUGUGUCUUUGUAACCACCUCACUAACUUCGCCAUUCUGAUGCAAGUGGUGCCUCUGAAGCUAACAAGAGAACACCAGGUGGCCCUCUCCUCCAUCACUUACAUUGGCUGCGCUCUGUCCAUCUUCUGCUUGACGAUCACACUGGUCACAUUUGCUAUAUUGUCGUCUGUCAGCACCAUCCGCAACCAGCGCUAUCAUAUCCACGCCAAUCUGUCCUUUGCUGUCUUGGUGGCUCAGAUCCUGCUUCUCACCAGCUUUCAGUUCAGCCCUGGAACGGUGCCUUGCAAGAUCUUGGCCAUUCUCCUUCAUUUUUUCUUCCUGAGUGCUUUUGCAUGGAUGCUGGUAGAAGGAUUUCAUCUUUACAGUAUGGUGAUCAAGGUAUUUGGGUCAGAAGAGAGCAAGCACUUAUAUUAUUAUGGAAUUGGAUGGGGCUGCCCACUGGUGAUUUGUGUAAUUUCUACAACAUCAUCCCUAGACAGCUAUGGAGAAAGUGGCAACUGCUGGCUUUCGCUAGAGAAUGGAGCAAUCUGGGCUUUUGUGGCACCGGCGUUGUUUGUAAUUCUGGUCAAUAUUGGUAUUCUCAUUGCUGUCACAAGAGUUAUCUCAAGAAUCAGUGCAGACAACUAUAAGGUCCACGGAGAUGCCAAUGCCUUCAAACUAACAGCUAAAGCCGUUGCUGUUCUCUUACCAAUCUUGGGAAGCUCAUGGAUCUUUGGGAUUUUGUCUGUCAAUGCCCACGCAUUAGUAUUUCAGUAUAUAUUUGCUGUUUUCAAUUCACUACAAGGAUUUUUCAUGUUCCUGUUUCACUGUCUUCUGAAUUCAGAGGUUAGAGCUGCCUUUAAGCACAAAACCAAGGUCUGGUCCCUUACCAGUAGUUCGACUCGCAACAUCAAUGUGAAACCUUUCAAUUCAGACAUUAUGACUGGGAACAGGCCAGGCACAACCCCCACAAAGCUGAACACCUGGGAUAAAAGCACCAAUUCAGCCAACCGCAUUGAUUUAUCAGCAGUCUGACAGUAAUACCAGCUUCUCGGUGCAAAUCAAGCCAUACAUUCAGGAGCUCUGACACAGUGUACACCAGUUUUUUCUCACUGUUAAUACCAGUAGAAAACUGCUUUUUUAAUCACUGCCUAAUAAAUGGGAAGUUGCCAUAUUGUUUCAUUGAGUAAAUAGCCCUCAUCUGCUUGCCUUCAAAACUGUAACACAUUCUACCACCUGGCUAUUAGCAAUAUCUGUAAAAAUAACUAGCACAAAUAUACACUGGAUGGUUUUGUCAGCAAUGAUGAAAACACUAGGUACGCAAAAAGGGCUUAUUGCUAUCUGAAUCAUUCCAGCUCCCAGAACUGAGGAAAGGCAACAUACCUCUGGAAAGAUGGAUUUUUAUGCUCUAAAAUGAAAUGCUUCCCAUUGUGAUGUUGUAAUGGGGCUAUUCUGGUCUUGCUGUGCACUUUCAGUUUACAUUUAUUACCUUACAGAAUCCAAUUAUCGAAGUGAAGCUUAUUCAAAAUACAUAGUGUGAUGAUUAAUUUAAAUGCUACAAGGAAGCCAGGACUUGAGGGAAAAGCAGGUUCCAGCUACUCAGCUCCCAGCAUGGGCGUGGAAUUAGCAAAGCUAAUAUAUACGUAUGUCUCUAUGCUUAUAAACAGCAUAUGUAAUGUAAUACUUCUAUACAUGGCCUAUCAGUAUUUUAGAUAUUCCUGUUUACAUCAUAUCUAUAAAAGGCAGAAAAGGCUAAGGUUGUCCUAUAGCAGUCCACAGCAUUUCUAUCGCUGAUUUGUGACUGCUGACAUAUCGCAAUACAAAGUAUUUGUAUUGCUUUGCCUGAAGCUUUUGGAUGCAAUCAACAACUGUCCAUCAAAUGCAUUUGACAAAUGCACUGUAGUUUUUGGAAAUCAAAACCUGGCACUGUGACUUAUCUUUCUCCUUUUACUGGUCAAAUCAAGACACUGAAUUCCAACCACAAAAAUGUAACACAAUGAUAUACUGUGAAGACAGCCAGACUACAAAUAAGCCUAUGUAUUGUUACCUACAGACAUCUUUUAAAUAGGUCUCUGCAGAGUCUUUUGUGGUUUUAAAUUCUGCUCAGCACUUAAUAGCUUCUGCUUUAGUACUGCUAUGAAGUAUCUUUAAGGAGAAAAAAACACUGUAAUUUUUCUUUUGACCAGUGUUUUGUAGGUUCUCAGAAGUGAUGUUUGGAGCACAAGGGGAUGCAAUCUUGGCUGUGCCAACGCUGCACCUUUCCAGCUGGGGGUAAAGCAGACCAUAAGCCCCGGAGGUGGUCAGAGCCCCUAAGUAUGUGUCUCGCUCUAGGAUUUACUCAGCAGCCAGGGUCUCCAGAGCAAUUUCCAAAGAUGAGGCCCCCUUUGCAGAGUGGCUUUGCAACCAUGUCUCCUUAUCCCCAGCUCUUCCUUGUUUGCAGUAGCUGUCUCCCUAAUGGACUGCGUAUACUGGUUUUCAGGAAUCACCAAGGUAAUUAGCUUUCCUAAUACACUGGGCUAUCAAAAUACUGCAUAAGGAGGGAAAUAUGCAAAUCUUCAACCUCAUUUUUUGCUAAGAGGUUUUGUGUUGUUUUUUUCUUUUCUUAAUUAAAAGUUUGUAUCUUCAGCAGCUCAGACCAUUUCUGGUCCCAGUGAAUCUGGCAAGCUAUCUGCUAUUGAUUUCCAAGAGAAAAGGUAUUUGCACCCUAAUGUGCAGGAUGGAAAUUGUUUAUCGGAUAGUGGAUUUGUAAAAAAGAAAAUAAAAGUAAAUUGAUCUUUAGGGAACAGGAAACAUCCAUCAAUUAGGACUGAAUUUAGUGAAGUGUUUCAUCCAAAAGACAGGGAUUUGAAAGUUUAGAAAACAUCAAUGCAUUUCACUUUUGACUGAUCCAAAACAAGCUUUCUCCAUGUUUCCUUCCUGCACUAAGAAAAAAUGAUCUGUUUCAGUUCGGACCAAUCUUUUCUGCCUUCUCCCCUUCCUGGCCAAGACUUGUUGGUAUAGUCACCAAACUGAAAUCCCACAGUCCACCCAAGUUUGUCCAUGGCUACAAAUGAAAAUAUUCUACAGAGAUUAUCUUAGUUUCACCAGAUAUAUGCUGGAUAUAUGCAGCUGGAACAGAGCAGAAUGUGACAUACUGCAUAUCACACAUAUACAUGCAUGAAAUAUAUAGGCUUCAAAUCUUGUGUUUCCUAUUGCUAAAUAACUCAAAUUGUUGACAGCUAACUCUAAAAGGUGGGUCAGUAAAAGCUAAAUAUCUUAAUGGCUAUGUCUUUAUUUUGGCUUUCACGUAUGGCUUUUUCCUAGCCUUUUCUACAUGGGACUGUCUUACAGCUGUGCAAAUAUAUGGGCUUUUCAUGGCCUGAGAAAGAUUAUUUUUUUCCCCCAAAAGACACAGUAGAAGGAGCCCUCGGAAUGUAUGGAGGAGAUUGUAACAGAACAGUACUGUGAUAACAGAGUUCAGUGUUUGUAUUGUGUGCAGACAACAUAUUUAAGUGUAUUUUUUAUACUGGAGCAUGCGGUUUUUUGUUGUGCUUUUUUUUGUUUGGGUUUUUUUUGGUUGUUGUUUUUUUACACUGUGACCCUCCUUGAUAAUUUCUCUUACAGUCAUUGUAUUAUAGCACAAACAGUGCUGUGAAUGAACCAGAGGACAUAUAAAAGCAUUUUUAAAAAAAAAAAAUCUUAAUUUUUAAGAACAUUCCUCUCUACACAAUUUUCAUUGCCUUCAUUUCCUCCUGUCCUGAUGUAUAUUGGUCACCUGUGUCACUUACCAAGGUCCACUUGAAAAAAACGUGCGACAUACAAAUGACAGUACCAAAUGACAGUAGUAUAAAGGGCUAAAUCUGCUUUUCAUCCAGGUAUAAAAUAUUUUAAAAUUGUUCAACAAAAAUAAGAAAAGCAUGAAAAUGUUUUUGGUUUUAUACUUUAGAAUGUGACAUAGAUGUAUUAUAUAUUGAGGGAGCAUUUAUUAUCUUGCAUCUACUGAGAUCCACUGUGGAUAACCUGCAUCCCAUGCUUUAACUUUUGAACGUUACUUGUGAUGAAGCAGUUUAUCUUGUUGUUUAUGUCAGAUGAGGUUAAGAGCUAGAACACUGUAUUUAUAAUAUGAGGUUGGGGAUGGGGUUUCUUCUGUUUUUGAUAAACUAGUAAAAAACCCAUGAAGUACAAAUGUGUUCCAUUGCCAUCUAAGUCCAUUCUUUUUGUUUGAUUCAAUGUGUUUUUGUUGUUACUGAAUGCCGCAAAUGUACUGAAUAAGAAAUGCUCAAAUGAAUCUUUAAACAAUCUCUUCCUGUCCUCAGUCUUUUGAAGCCUGAAAAUCUUGCAGUUUAUUUAUGGGCUUGUAUAUAGCAGCUAUUGCAAUAUUUUUUUCAGGACAGCAUCAUUUUGUCAAUGGUAUGAAAUCUUAAUUGAAUGAGAUGUGAGUUUUAAAAUAGGUAAUGUAGCAAGAAUGACUUUGCCAGUAAGUAGUAAAAUAAUUUAGGUUUGUUGUUUU